UUUUAAAAUUCUGCUUUUUUAUGGUACCAAGCAAGCUGGUAAAAGACCAUUGUCUCAGUGAUAGAUAUAUAAGGAAGCCUAGCCCUUCGUUAGCUUUGCAGUAGUGCAGCACAAGAGAGAUAGAGGGAGAGCUUAGCGAGAAAAAAUUAAAAAAAUGAGGACUAGCUUUAGCUUAGCUUUCUUCUUCUUGAUAACCAUUGCAUUAGCUUAUGCAAUAGGAGUUUGCUAUGGAGGGGAACUGAGGAAAGACUUCUACAAAGAUACUUGUCCAGAGGCUGAGGACAUUGUGAAGAGUAUCAUUUGGAAGCGUGUUGCAAGCAAUUCAACAUUGCCUGCCAAGUUUCUAAGGAUGCAUUUCCACGACUGUUUUGUUAGGGGCUGUGAUGCCUCUGUGUUGCUGGAUUCCACGACAAAUAACACUGCGGAAAAGGCAGCAAUUCCAAAUCUAUCUCUAGGAGGCUUUGAAGUGAUAGAUGAGGUUAAGGCCCAGCUAGAGAAGAAAUGCCCUGGAGUGGUUUCUUGUGCCGAUAUUGUUGCUCUAGCCGCUAGAGACUCUGUUUCCUUCCAAUUUAAAAAGCCAAUUUGGGAGGUGCUUACUGGUAGAAGAGAUGGAUCAAUUUCUCGAGCAUCAGAGGCUCUCUCCAACAUCCCUUCACCUUUCUUCAACUUCACCCUUCUCAAACAGUCUUUUGCUAACAAAAGCCUAACAGUUCAUGACCUUGUCGUCUUAUCUGGUGGACACACCAUUGGGGUAGGACACUGCAACUUCUUCAGCAACAGGCUAUACAACUUCACAGGAAAAGGUGACGCAGACCCUUCUCUGAACUCAACCUAUGCUUCUUUCUUGAAGACCCAAUGCCGAAGCCUCGCAGAUAACACAACAAUAGUUCCAAUGGACCCCUCCACCCCCUUAUCUUUCGACAACAAUUACUACAAAAUUCUCAAGCUGAAGGAAGGCCUUUUCCAAUCUGAUGCUGCACUUCUCACUGACAAGGGCUCUAGAAAUAUCGUCGACGAAUUGCUGGACUCUGGAAAGUUCUUCACUGAAUUUUCACAAUCCAUGAAGAGGAUGGGAUCCAUCCAAGUGCUUACUGGAACUGCUGGAGAAAUCAGGAAGAACUGUAGGGUGGUGAAUUCUUGAUGGCUGUUGCCUUUAUGAUUAAGAAAGCAUCUUGAAAAAGUUUCAGCAUUAAUUUAUUUUGUUAUGUUGAGUUUAUUUCUGAGAGUGUUCAAAGUAAUAAGUUGGCUGAUGCAUGAACCAACAUAUUGUAUUAGUAGUUUCCUUUACUCUCUUCUGUAACCAAAAUUUUCUUUAUUUUUACAAUGUUUACUAUGAGGAAUAAAUAUGCCCAAUUAAUUUGUUUGA